UUGAAAUUUUCGUUUCGUAUUUGCAAUCCCAAAAUUGAAAGUUGACAAUUUGGAUGUGAACCAUUUACUCAGGCGGCAAAUCCAAACAAGAAAGCAACAACUGCUAACUUAUUAGUCAGAAGUUUUCUUCGGUAAAAUGCGCUCUAAUGUAUGCUGUUUGAUUGCUACUGACAUUAUAUAUACCAGCGAUUAACCAUUGUUUGUUUUGCUCGCAAAUCAAGAAAGCGAAAACCACGCAACAAAAAUCUAUCACUUUUAAUUCAACUGAAUCCGCUUGAUAUCAGGUUGUUUUGUUAAGUUUCGUUAGUAAAGACGGUUAUAAUUUGAAACUUCCUGUCUAUCAAAUGACGUUGUAAAUGCGUCAACAGGGUUCAAUGACGUCAUCGGCAAUAAAUAGAAUCUUUCUUUUUAUUUCCUCUCAUUGUCAGAAAACUUUGAAGAUUCCUAAAGCGAACACAACAAAAUAUCUCUUUGUUACAGCUGAUACAAGUCUGCUUUGCUCUGUUGCAUCAAGAUUAAUAGACAUACCAUUUUCCUAACUUACUGCAAAACUAAAUUUAGCCAACUGACUGGUACUUUACGGAACUCGGACGUCGUAUCCUCAUAAGGAACGAAAGAAGAAGUGUCACAUCAGUCUAAAAAAACAGGAUUCAGCAUUGAGAAAGUCAAAGAAGUCAUGGAUCUGAAAGUAAAGCUGUUAGUUGUCCUCCCUGUUAUUUUCCUUUUCAUGGAAGUCGUACCAAGUCUCGGAUUCCGCCGAUACAAGAAGCCCUUCCCUACACGACUACCAAAUGUCAUAACCAAAGAACAAUGUGGGAAAGUGUGGCCUAAACUUCCAUCGAAGAGAUUUAGUCGCUUCCUGAGAGGCCCAGUGUGCACCCGACCUAAUGAUACCGUUCUGUUCGAAAAGCUGAAGGAUAUUGGUGGCUUUAACCCUCGAUACGUGGCAAUCAACCGGACAGAGGCCAUGAAAUUUCCAAAUCUCCUCGCAGAUAGGAACUCUGUGGCUGUUACCCGACCCCCAAAACUGCACACCGUGAAGGCUUCCGUAAGUCACUACUCAGUUGGGAAGAAAAUAGGAAAGAGAGAAGCAGACAAUUUACCCAGGGCUGCAGGCACUAUCCUGGAUCAACAAUGCUUUGAUGCAGGUUCCAUUGUUGAAGGAAGCGGCUUACGGCGUCUCUGCAGCGAAUGCUCAGCCAUCACGCAGCUACCAGAUGAUAUCUUCCCUCGAUUCAUCAAUGAGAUUAUCUGCGAAGAAAGCAGCGAGUCCUGUGGCUCUCCACUUAUAGGCCUAUGUCAGCAGAGGAAUUUGGAAUUUAGGUUUCUUCAAUUCACAGGAAAUUUUAGAAGAAACUUCCUGCUUAGUCUAAUACUUAAUUUGGAUGUGUUUGUCGAAGAUACAGUCGAGUUUGAUCAAGAUGUUAGAGGAUGUUGCGAAUGCCGUACAUUCACAGCAUGAAUAAUUUUUAAAAGUGCCAGACGCGGUAAUGAACUAUUCUUUAUGAAGUUCAAUUUUAGUUCAGAUCUAUUUCCUAGUAGCCUUUAUUGAUGCGCAAUAUAUUUUAGAGAAGCACUAACGAAGACACUUUCAUUUCAUUAUCUAUUAGAUUUUGCAAGACUAGUGGGGAAAUCGCCUACGUGGCGAAUUUCGAAAGGCAGUGGCAUUUAAAGCGAAGGAUUCUAGAUGGAAAAGUAUUAUUUGAUUGCGAUAAAGAACUUACUCUCAAUAUCUCUGCUUUCAAAGACGCACAACGGAAGUUUCAAGAAAAUGACAGGAACUGCAUUUUUUAAUAUAAAUUUCAAAGCACAAUGUGAUGAUGU